GUGAUUGGCUUAGAACCUUAGCAACAUGUCGCCAUGUUAGUCGACGGCGAAGGAAGCUACAUGGCAGACAUUUAUCCCUCACAAAUGUAUCGCUUUAACGAUACCGGUUGUAAUAUGUUCAUAUUGAGCGUACCUUUAUCAUGUACAACCUUUUUGGUGCGAUCGACGUCUUGUUUUCCUUCGUACCUUGAAGCGCUUUGGGCCGUAUAAGUAUUAGAUCCUGGGCCAUCAUGGAGAAGGUGGAGGUCUAUGAGGUCGUGAAGGUGACAGAGGAGGUGGAGAGCUCGUACAUACAAGCAGCUUCCCCCAUGAAAAGAAAGCGUAAACAUAAGGAUGAAAGUGAGGGGAAACCGAAGAAGCCGAGGUCGGCCUACCUGCUUUACUACUUCGAUGUUCAUCAAAUCAUGCAACAGGAGACGCCACACCAGCCACAGUCUGAGAUCAACAAGCGAAUCAGUGAGAACUGGAAAAGGCUUAGCGUGGCAGAGAAAGGCUUCUAUCUGGAAAAGGCCAAGUUGGAGAAGGAGGGUAUUGAUACAUUAACCCACAGCCCAUCCAAAGACCUCCCAGGCUUCCGUAAAAUCCGCCCGAGGGCUAGUUACUUCAUCCUGGCCAAAGAUCACCAGGCAGGAGGUUCUCAGGCAGAACCUUUAGAUCCUCCAGCUGAGGAGGGUGUGCCCUCUUUGACGCAGGAUCCCAAAAAGGCCCAAAUGCUUGGCUUAGCUUGCAAGGUGGAGGUUUCUCAGAGGUCCACUGCUCUGGAUAACCUUGGGAAGCACACAGAAGACACGUCACCAGCAUCCUCCUCGUCAUCCAUCAUGUCGGUGUCCGCGGCGGCUACAGAUGUUUCUUUCUCACAGAGCUCUGUUGAGUCUGACAGUGUUGGGAUAAAAGGAAGUGAGAUAAGAGAUGCUCCUGGUGUUAACAAUGUGAUGACCAGGGAGAUGACACAGAUGGUAGCCAUCGUCCCUAAUCAGGUUGGGCUUAAAGCUGUGGGCUCUGUAAUGAUGGUUUCAAUGGGAGCCAAAGAAGAGCCCAAUGCUAGGCCUUCAUACAAAAUGCCUGUGAAGACAUACACCAGACGGGGUCGUGGGAGGUGUCUGAAUCCCAGCUGUUCAUUCGUGUACGUCACCCGCCACAAGCCUUCUAAAUGCCCCGAGUGUGGGAGCCACCUUGGCGGGAAAUGGAUAGCUGCAGAAAAGAAAAGCAAACCAAAACGUCACCAAGAAACUAAGUCAGCUGCGGCCCAAGCCAAGUGUGGUUCAAGCUGCCAAGUCACAACACAGGAGAGGAAUGCCGAUGUCGGUAAAAGCAAACGCACAAGGAACUUUAGAAAAGAAGGCCACAAAAAGCAAGGCAGCAAUGCAGUUUCAGCUGAUCAGACAGCAGAGGGCGCCAGCAAGUCACAGGAGAAAACACAGAACGUGAAAGAAAUAACAGUCCGAAGUCAAGACAAUGUGCAGAAGAAGCCUGUAAGACCCAUUUUACCUGCCUUUUGUAAAACAGGUGCUGCUUUAUUCCAGGUCAUCACUGUUCCAUCUGUGAGUGGAAAGUAUCAGACACCAAACAACAAGAAAUCCUCCACAGAACCACAACGCAGUUUCUCUGGUCUCAAACCUGGAACCUUAAAACAACUUGGUCAGGAAGUCCCAGCCAAGCAGGUUUCACUUGUCUCUUCAAGUCAACCUUCAGUAGCUGAUAAGAAAAUCAACAUUGUAUCAGUGUUGCCUUUUAGUCAGGUGACAGUUGACGGUUUUGACCUCGGACUUUCUACAGCGAGGGGCAGGGGUCGCUGUAAGAACCCGCACUGUGACUACAUAUAUAAAAACAGACAUAAGCCGUUAUUGUGCCCCAAAUGUGGCUGUGACUUGACACAGAAGUACCCCAAAGCAACAAAGUCAGUGACACUGGUAGAUCCAUACCAGCCCCUGAGUCCUGCUCAGAAAGACCUACAGCGCCAAUCCACUUUGCAGCUGCUCCGCCAUUCUCUGCAGAUUCUAGAGAGUGAGGCCGAGCUCCAGGAAACGCUAAACCUCAUUCAGGAGCUCAACAGUCUUCAAAUUGUCUUGGUUCAACCGGGCCUGCAGGAGGAGGAUGAUGACAACGUUGAGACGGAGACCCUGGUGGAGUCCGGCUGGCCUCAGUUCUAUGAAUCGUCAGCCACACAGUGCGGCCUGUGCAACAACGCUCUUUACAAAGGAGCCCAGAACACUAUAGCAGGACAGGAGGACUGCUGGCUACUUACUGAGACGCUGAUCCAGACAGCAUCUCUGCAGCUCAAAGUGUGUCUCAAUUCUCAGUGUCUGGCUCUGCACAGCUUCACCGACCUGAAUCCAGGUUUGUUCAACAUUGGAAACAAACUGCUGGUCAGCAUUGAUCUGCUGCUGAAGAUCAGAGACAAAAUCAGAAUCGGACUCCCACCCUCUCAGGUUGCCAGGACUGUGUUGGACCAUGUCCCCAAUCACCCUGUCCACACAUUGAGUCCUGAGGUGGUGUCCCAAAUCCAGGAGCUUCUUCUGGUGGGCUACUGGGCCUUCGAGAGCCUGACAGUGCGAGAUUACAACGACAUGAUCUGCGGCAUUUGUGGCGUCGCUCCCAAGUUGGAGAUUGCCAAGCGCCGCACGGACAAUGUGCUGGAGCUGAAGAAUGUGGAGUUCACCUGGCCCCAGUUUUCAGUGUCAGACGAGGUGCAGGUGGAUGACUUCUGGCUGACCAUGGAGAGCGAGGCCAUCGAGCAGGCAGCUUUCCCCGCUGAAUUUCCCAUCACGCGGAUGGACGCCUCCAUUAUCGCCCCCUUCAUCCCCCCACUGAUGAGGAGCUCCUCUGUCAUCAACACAGAGAAGGACAAGGACCUGACACAAACGCCGCAGCCUUCAGGAGAUUUGUCAGUUUUAGUGCGCCUCAUUCAUGAUGGUGAACUUAAACUUGACAAGAUGGAAGAACUCAGCGAGGACGAGCUGAGAGCAAUCCUGGAGCGCUGCGGGGCGAACAUCACUGCGGACUCCACGAAGACUGAGCUGCUCACUUCACUCAUCUCCAUGUGCACGCUCGCCCACCGCGGCCUGCCCACCGCCCCUCAGCCCCCCCAACACCUCACAGCCGGCAAACUGUCCAAAGUCUGCCACCAUAAGGUGGUGUGCGCCUCCAAGUAUUUGGUGAGAGGAGAGACGGCCCGCGACCACGUGGACCUGCUAGUGUCCUCUCGGUACUGGCCUCCAGUCUACGUUAGCGACUGUGCUCAGCAGGUGGCACUCUGUACGGACAUGCAGUACCCAGAAAAGGCCGCCCAGAUGUGGGGAAGGAACCAAGGCUGCUUCUCUGACCCCUUUGACACACCAGAGUCGGUGUCAUGUGCGGAGCUGCAAGAGAAGUCUUCCUCCGCGGACCUUUCCGUGUCGGAGGUCAUCCAGCAGCAUCACCCGCUCACUAAAUCCUCCUCUUGCUGGCUGCUGCACCCUCCUCCACCCUCCCACAGCAAGGACAGCGCCCUCCCGGAGCACCGCGCCAUGUCCUCCUGCAAGGACCUGGACCACCUCGUCAGCGCCGUGACCGCCAUCCACAAGGAAGAGGAUGAGGACGGAACGGCGAGCGACUCAAGUUUGUCCGGAAAACCUCCGGGGUGUUUUUCAGCGAGCCGUUCAAGAACACAACCCGUGUUUUUCGACAACCCGGCACAUUACUACCUCUACAACCGUCUGCUGGAUUUCCUCUCCAGCAGGGACGUCGUGAGUCAGCAGAUCAGCCAGGUGGUGAAGCUGUGCCAGCCUGGAGAGGUUGUCAUCCGCGACGCCUUCUACCGCCUGGGAGUGGCCAACAUCAGCACCGAGAGGGAGGACCAUGAAACCAGCUGGGCAGACCAAGACGGACCAGGGACGGCCUUGGAAGUCUCUCCGCCUGAUCCCAAACCCUCCAAAACCCAGUGUUAGUACCUUUUAAAUAUCCUUAUUUAAAAACCUCUUUUUUUCAUGUCCAUAAUAAUAAGAAAUGGUUUUAUAAAAAAAUACUAAUAAUCA